AUGUCGCUAGAUUGUAUUCAGCGCCAUUUUGGUCAUAUAGAAUUGGCAAGGCCUGUAUCUGUGUUUCAUCCUGGUUCCGACCCCAGUUUCACACACAAGAUACGGCGCAUUCGGGAACGCAAACCUGAAAUGGCCGCGGAUUCUGACGAGCCUAAGAAAAGCCACGGCAGCUGUGAACGCUUAGAGCUUUUAAUCCGAUACAAACAGCCAAAGGAUGAUGACGAAGCUCGUAGACAUCGAUUCGCUGCACGCCCGUCAGAGGUGUACACGAUAUCCAAGAAAAUGUCGGACUCUGACAUUCACUUCGUCUCUCAGACGAGUAUCCAAGGGGCGGAAUGGAUUAUCAUUCCCAUAUUACUAGUAACACUUCCACCUGUUUGUUCGAGCACAGCUGUCGACAGCGACGUCAUGAGUGAAGAAGGUCCCGUGUACAAGCUGAGCGACGUCGAAGGGGCACCUGCUCACAUCAUACGGAACCUGAUCAGUUGA